CGAUCUGAGUUUGUCUAUCCAUAUUCAAUAAAUUUCUAAUAUAUUGAUCAAUAUGGCCACCAUUAAGUUUAAAAGUACCUCCCCGUACAAACAGAAGAGACUUGAGCCGCCGCCAGAGGAUUAUUUGUAUGCUAAAUACCUUAAGGAUAUCAGUUUGCAGUCCUCCCACGUUGACGAGAAAGUAUUAAAUGUUGCUCUCUUCGGUAUUGGUCGUGCUGGAACAAUCCAUCUAACGACCCUGGUACGUAGCAUUCGUGUAAACUUGUUGUACAUCGUUGACGAUGAUGAAUCGAAGUGGGCACCAACCAAGAGAUACUGGAAGCUAGACGACACUACAUUCCUCUCGAGCAAGGAUGCCGACAAAGUCUAAAAAGAUGCCAAAAUCGAUGCCGUGAUCGUAUCAUCCCCCACGUUCACUCACGAGGGUAUCGUCACCAGGGCUCUUGCAGCCAAGAAAGACGCCUUCUGCGAGAAGCCCAUUGCUAAGAACAGAACUAAUAGCGCCAAGUGUUACGAUGUCGCCAAAAGAGCCGGAAGACUCUUCUGCGCCUUCAACAGACGCUUCAACCCCAGUUACAAUGCCAUUCGUAACAUAGUUCGCCAGGGUGAAGUUGGACACGUUCAGAUCAUCAAGGUCACGUCCCGUGAUUCCCCACUUCCUACCAUAGAGUACCUUAAGUUUUCUGGAGCUAUUUUUCAUGACUGUAUGGUUCACGACAUCGAUAUGGUUACCUGGGUAGUUGGAGAAUAUCCCAUCAAGGUCGGAGUUCAGGCACAUGCUCAUGUUCCUGAGAUCAAAGAAGUGAAUGACUUCGACACUGUUGUCGCUACACUUUACUUCCCAUCUGGCACCUUGGGGAUGAUUGAUCUUUCCCGUAAUUUCACCUAUGGCUACGAUCAAAGACUCGAGGUCUUUGGAGCCAAAGGAAUGGUCCAUGCUAAUAAUAAGCAUCCUAUACACGGUGUCACUACGCAGUAUAACCUUCAAGGGCUUAAAACUGCACCCAUCUGGUACUCCUUUCCCAGCCGUUACAAGACUGCAUAUGAGAAUGAACUCAACCACUUUCUGGAUAUUAUCCUUGACAAGACUAGGAGUCUUGUUGACCCUAAAGAGACUCUCGUCGUUAGCAAAAUCGCAUCAGCUUGCGAAGAGUCUGCUCGUACUGGAAAGAUGGUAGAGAUCAGCUGGGCUCCUGGUGAACUGCCUGCAUGUGAUUGUUUAUAUUCGCCAUUUAGAAUAGUUGAAGAAAUAACACAAUUUCUGUAAGACCUAUUAGAUAUAAAUGUUACAACAGACGAGAAUGAUUGUUUUCAAUGUGAUAUCUGAUUCAGAUUACCAGAGCUUUUCUGUCACACUACAAUGAACGAUAUGUUUUUUCUUGAAAUUUAUAAGUAGCAACUGAUACAACACGAGGGAUUUGAUGUAGAAUAAAAUGUGAUAUGCAA